AAACUUUUAGGAAAAAUUGCUAAAUACAGGAACAGGGUUAAAAAAAAAGUGUUCAGAAUAACAAUUAGAAUUUCUGCUGAUUAAAAUACACAUAUAUCUAUAGAAUUACGCAACGAAACUGUAGUAAUUUCUGAUUAAUUUCGUAAACACAAUUUUGUUUCGUUUAUUUAAAUAUAAAAGACACAUUUUCUUACCUUAAAAAAUUUCAAAGAGGGACGAACAACAUCGCAUAUUUUAUUGUUACUUAAACACUCAACUUGUCAAUAUUAUCAAUAAGUUUAAAAACUUUUACGUUGAAAAAAAGUUCUAAUUUAAGGGGUAAAAAAUGGCCAAAUGGGGCGAGGGAGACCCACGUUGGAUUGUCGAGGAAAGGCCUGACGCUACAAAUGUCAAUAACUGGCAUUGGACGGAGAAGAAUGCUUGUGCUUGGUCACAAGAUAAAAUAAAGGAAUUAUUUACAAAUUUAGAAAUUGAAGGAGAUGACAUAAAGUGUUUUGUAACUACUGUCGACAAAUGCGAAGGUGAAGCUGUAGCCAAUAAUAGAAAAGGAAAAUUAAUUUUCUUCUACGACUGGAAUAUUGUUCUCAAAUGGAUAUCGCCCGGAGAAGAAAAGAAAAUCGAGGGGAAAAUUAACAUUCCUAAUCUUUCCGAGGAGAACGAUAUUUCCGAAGUAAAUAUCGAAAUAACUUUGAAAGAUAGUACCAAUGAAGGUGAAAAAGUAAAGCAUUUUUUGCACACAAAAGGGAAGGAAAUUAUUAGAGAAAAUCUAACUAAAUACGUCUCUUCAUUGAAGGAAGAAUUUUCGAAAGGAAUGAUUCUUCCCAAGAAAACGGAACUUAAAGAAAGUAUUUCCAAUAUUACAUCAGGGUUUAAUGUGAAGUUGCAAAUGAAUUCGACUGUCGUAUCCAAUAAUAAAGGAAAUGGCUGUACAAUUAAUACCACGACUAUUAAGCAACAGCAAAAAUUCCAAUGUAGGGCACAGGAGUUUUAUAACGCAUUUACAGUACCCGAGAUGGUGCAAGCUUUUACCAAGGGUCCAGUGAAAUUAGAGGCAAAAAAAGAAGGGAAAUUCGAAUUAUUCGGUGGGAAUAUUCAUGGGGAAUUUAUUGAACUUUCACCAACGAAAAUCGUUCAAAAAUGGCGUUGUAAACAAUGGCCAACGGAUCAUUAUAGUGAAGUUACUCUUAAUAUUUCGGAAAAGAACGAUCACACUGAAGUUAAUCUUACACAAAGAGGAGUUCCAACCAGUGAAGAAGACUCAACGAAAGAAAACUGGGAACGAUACUACUGGAAUUCAAUUAAACAAGUCUUUGGCUUUGGAUACUUCAUGUGAUUCUCUUCAUCUCUCUCUGUUUUGUAUUUAUUUCCUAUUGAUAAGAAAAACAGUCGUAAAGCAAGCAAUAUGUCAAGAGGGGGACAAAGAAGCUACAAAUUCUGCCUAAAAACAAUUUCAAUUUCUUAACGCGCAUAAUUAAACACUGUAAUUGUAUAAUCAAACCUUAUGAUUCAGUGAAAAAAAAUAAAAAAUCGGCCAAACGUGA